CAACUCAUCCACAGUAGAUUUAAACCUUACAGCUGUGAUGAGUGUGGGAAGUCUUUUACUCGGGCUGGACACUUAAAAAAACACCAACUCAUCCACAGGGGAGUUAAACCUUACAGCUGUGAUGAGUGUGGGAAGUCUUUUACCCGGGCUGGAGACUUAAAAAGACACCAACUCAUCCACAGUGGAGUUCGACCUUACAGCUGUGAGUUGUGUGGAAAGUCUUUUACCCAGGCUGGAAGCUUAAAAACACACCAACUCAUCCACAGUGGAGUUAAACCUUACAGCUGUGAUGAGUGUGGGAAGUCUUUUACCCGGGGUGGAGACUUAAAAAGACACCAACUCAUCCGCAGUGGAGUUAAACCAUACAGCUGUGAUGAGUGUGGGAAGUAUUUUACCCGGGGUGGAGACUUAAAAAGACACCAACUCAUCCACAGUGGAUUUAAACCUUACAGCUGUGAGUUGUGUGGAAAGUCUUUUACCCAGGCUGAAAGCUUAAAAACACACCAACUCAUCCACAGUGGAUUUAAACCUUACAGCUGUGAGUUGUGUGGAAAGCCUUUUACCCGGGCUGGAGACUUAAAAAAA